GCUUAGCCAGCUAGCUUCAGGUUCCGUUUGUAGUGUCUAUACUGUGGCAGCUAGCCCGGCAGUCCUGACGUCAACCAUCAUGGCAGGGUUGAGAGCAUCCUACCACAGGGUUUUGACUAAAAUUGAGCAUAUGCUGCCAGAGAAACUCAGACCUGUUUACAAUCACCCGGCAGGUCCAAAAACUGUUUUCUUCUGGGCGCCAGUGUUUAAAUGGGGUCUGGUCAUAGCUGGCCUGGCUGACUUGAAUCGUCCAGCAGAGAAACUCAGUACCUCCCAGUCAGCAGUUCUGACUGCCACAGGGCUGAUUUGGUCCAGGUACUCCUUGGUUAUUAUCCCCAAAAACUGGAACCUCUUUGCUGUCAACUUCUUUGUGGGUGGUGCAGGAAGCUCUCAGCUCUACCGGAUUUGGAGGCAUAAGCAAGAUAAGAAGGCCAGUGCGAAGGAGUCUGCAGAGUCCUGAGUGUUUUCCUGGUUGCCAAUUCCUCCACUACAGUGGGUUAAAAGGGAGACUCUCCACUGGGCACAGAGCUGGCCCUUCUCACCUCCUGUCCUCUCCAUCCCACUGUCUCCUCUCUAAUCAUGCCAUAACCAUUAUUUUACCACAGAAAGCCUGUUAGAUCCAGUUUUGCUGAAGUUUCACAUUUUUUCAGGGUGAAAGAAGGAAAAAAACUUUUUAAACAUAUUCAAACUCACUCGAGAAUGGUUGUCAUCGACUCAAGUUGUGGUAUUAUAAUGGACUUGUUCCACAAAUUUUGAUUGUACAUUCUUAACUCCAUGCUUUAUAUAUCAUGCACUUAUUGGGAAAUUUAGCUUUUUCCAUUGGUUCAGGUGUAACACUCAGUACCUCAUGCAUUCAUUUCCUAAGAAAAAAUGUGUUGAGUGUGGUUUUAGGCGUCACAUUUUCACGUCUUGUCAUUGCUUAUUUAUAAUUGAGUGCGAAUCCUGGAAUUUGCUACUCAAUAACGAAGUCAUUCAUUAUUACCACCUAACAUCCAUUUUAAUGGCUUUAACAGAAAAAAGCAUCAUGUCAGCAAAUCAUACUUCAUGCAUAUUUUGUCUCCUCAUAGUGUCAGCUCUACAGAGCCUUUUUUUUUCUUUCUCCGAUUCCUGUAACGGUAAUGCUUUUACACCAAUGCCACACAUUUAAAUUGUACAGCUGUGUUAUGGAGAACAGUUAUCAUGAUACCGAGUCUGUUAAGAAACAUUCGUAUUGUUUUGUGGCUCAUUGCUAUCAACAAAAAAAAAAUACUGUUAGUUGCCAACUUAACUAGAACUUUUUUGUUUUUAAAAGGAAUUAUUUCAUUAAGUUCAUUUCAGAUUUUCCUAAUUCUAGCAAUAAUUGCCGUCAUCUAUUUUCUGUAUUUUAAUCCAAUCUGCUGAGUGAAUUACAGGAACGACACCUUUAAGGGUGGCAAUUAUGGGUCUGUGGCUGUUUAAUGGCUAUGUAAUGAAUCUAAUAAAUCCUAUUUAAAAUCAUUGAUUGGUAUACAUAUGCGAAUAUCAUUUUCAAUUCAUUUUAUUCGCCAAGACUAGAUCACCUGGUUGUAUUAAGGUUGGCACACAGACGUCUCAUUUGUGCCAUUGAGCAAUGUUUAAAUAUGAGGUAGAGGCCAUGUGUUGGAAAAAUAUCAGUUUUAAUAAUGACAUCAUAAAGGAUUAUGUAGAUGUAUAAGGGUAUCUAUACCAUUUCAACAUCAGUUUUACUAGAGAUAGGCAAGUGUCUCAACCUUGCAGUGAUAAAUGAAGCAGUCGCCCCCCUCGGCUUCGAAACAUCACAAACGCUGAAGCUCGGGGUAAAAAUAAAAAACAUACUGGGCAAUCACAACAAACCUUUUUAACUCCAACUUGCUCAUAGUGCAGUGGAAAGAACUAGCUCGUGAGUCUCACCCAAGCGGUUUUGCUGUGAGGACGUCUUGUGACCAAAGCAGCAAGACGUUGAGGUUUUCAGCUCGUUACAAUUUGGCCUUUCCAAACCCAAAACCUCUUCGUAUGCAAAUACAAUCUUGCCCUGCUCAAUUUAAGACACUGAUCAAUCAUUCACUAUAUUUUUAUUUGAUUAAUUCAGUGUGUAUGACGAUGACUUUCAGGUUUUUGACCACGGUCUAUUGUUUAAAUUCUGCAACAAAGCCCAUAAAAGCAUUAGUAAAUAUAAAUUGUGCCAAUGGAUAAGUGCGAAAUGUUCAUAGCUCCCUUGUUUAGUUGAAAAGGAAAAUUAACUAUGACACUUUAUGAAGCCAAAUUGUGUACAUUUCAUCCAUGCCUUCCCAUCAACUAUACUUUAAGAGUAAAUUAUCCUUGAAA